GAGGAGCGGGAGGAGGUCCCAGCGCCCGCUCCCGCACCCGCCGCCAUUUAGACAAUCCCGCAGCGGCCGCCACCCGCCACCGCCGGGGCUGGCUGCGUUGGGUGCCGGGCUGUUGCCGCCGCCAUCAUGAGGCGCCUGUCGCAGCUGCUCCUGCUCGCCCUGCUCGUCUUCCCUGCCGCGCUGCUGCUCGGGGGCGCCCGUGGCGGCCCAGGUUCAGGUUUAUUAGUUGCAGCUCAAGAUGCUACAGAAGAUGAGGAAGCUGUGGAAGAUACUGUAGUUGAAGAUGAGGAUGAUGAAGCUGAAGUUGAAGAAGAUGAGCCAACAGACUUGACAGAAGAAAAAGAGGAAGAAGACUUGUCGGGAGAGCCUAAAGCCUCACCUAGUGCUGAUACAACCAUCUUAUUUGUGAAAGGUGAAGACUUUCCAGCGAACAACAUUGUAAAAUUUCUGGUGGGCUUCACCAAUAAGGGUACAGAGGAUUUCAUUGUUGAGUCUCUUGAUGCUUCUUUCCGGUAUCCCCAAGACUACCAGUUUUACAUUCAGAACUUCACAGCUCUCUCUUUGAACACAGUAGUUCCACCACAGAGACAAGCCACGUUUGAGUACUCUUUCAUCCCUGCUGAGCCUAUGGGUGGUCGUCCUUUCGGUCUAGUUAUCAAUCUUAACUACAGAGAUGUAAACGGCAACAUGUUUCAAGAUGCUGUCUUCAAUCAAACUGUUACAAUUAUUGAAAAAGAAGAUGGACUGGAUGGAGAAACGAUCUUCAUGUACAUGUUCCUCGCUGGACUUGGUCUACUUGUCAUUGUUGGCCUACAUCAGUUGCUAGAAUCUAGGAAGAGGAAAAGACCGGUACAGAAAGUAGAGAUGGGAACAUCAAAUCAAAAUGAUGUUGAUAUGAGCUGGAUUCCCCAAGAAACUUUAAAUCAAAUAAAUAAAGCUUCACCGAGGAGGUUGCCCUACAAGAGGGCACAGAAGAGACCAGUGGGCUCUGAUGAGUAAUAUUAACUAAGUACAACAGUUGAACCUUUACUAAUCCUGCCUGUUUGGGUUUUUUUGGAGUAGUGCAGAGAAUCCAUAUCACCAUAAGGAAAAUAUUGCUAAACAUUUGGACUGAACAGAUUAACUGAAUGGUGUUAAUAUUACUGAAAAUGCACUUCUCUUUUAAUUUUUUUUUUAAUUGUUGGGGGGUGGGGGAAAGUACCUGUUAAGGUUUGUGCCUGCGUGUGUAAGCGGUUGGUCUUAACAGAAACAUGUUACCUGAAAUGUGCCUUUAGAGUUCUUUGUAAUGCUGGCUUGUCAUCUGUACAUUGUCUUUGAAGGAUUUUUCUCCUCUCCCUAAUCUGAAUGUCUAGUGACUUAAUCCGUCUUGAUUGUAUCAUAUCUGUAACAGAAUCUGUAUGCAUUUCUCUUCUUCAGUAAGUAACAUUAUUCUUUACAGCAUGCACACACUGAAGUUUGUGUGUGUGGUCCCAUUUCAGUGGCCAGGCACUGAUCAUCUAGACUUCUGCAUAGUUUGCAUUCUAAAGGCACAAUUGGGUAUAGCUGCUUGUAGUGGUAGAUAUUUUGCUGCUGUUUUGAUCUGGGCAUGCAGUGACCUAAAAAUCUGAACUUAUCUGCAUAGAUGUUAGAAAGACUCUUACACAGCAGCAGAACUCGUGAAGCAUGGAAUUUGUGUGCUGAAUUGGUAUUACUACAUAAAUCUUUUUUAUACCCAACUUCUUAAAUGGUUAGUUAUUUGAGUCGUGCCAGCAUUUUAAGUAUUCUGAUUAUAGUGGUAGUUCUGCAAUGUUUACUCAAGAAACUAUUGAACAAGACAGAACAACUUUUCAGUAAGUUCUUGGUUCUCUCUCCUAAAAACUAGAAUGCCAUAUGUAUCCAAAUGUUGAUUUGUGGCUUUUUUAAAGCUUUACAA